CCGCCGCCGGCGCCCGGCGCCACCGCAUUUCUCUCCCACCAGGCAGCCCCUCCGUCCUCGCCUUCCCACCGGCCGCCAACCGUCUUUAGUCUCGCCGUACGCAAGGAAGGAGAGAGGACCAGAUCACCAGAGGAGCCGACCCCCGACCAUCCGGCGUCCGCCCACCAGCCUGCGAGUCUUCGACUUCGACAGCAUCCAACUCUCCACAUCGCCAAGCAACUCAGCAGCGGCCGUCGGUCCAUCUCGGCAUCUCGGCGCUCGGCGGCGCGCGUCUUCUCCACUUCGCCACAACGUCUUCCACGGAGCACUCAAGUCAACGUAGUGGUCCGAGGCACAAGGAAUCUAGCAUGUGAUGGAGCAUUUGAUUGAAUUAUACAGCGGGUGGGAAAUCCAACUUCUUGUACUGCUCAGCUUCACAUUGCAGUCGUUCCUCUUCUUUGCUGGCAGACUGCGGCGCCGAAGCAGCAACAGCUUUCUCAGGCUCUGCCUCUGGGCAGUUUAUUUGGGGGCAGACUUGGUAGCAGUGUAUGCACUGGGCUAUCUCUCUAAGCGCCGAGAUGUCACCAUUCAAACGAACAUACUUACAAGAACCCAACCACUAGCUUUCUUUUGGGCACCAUUCCUCCUCAUCCAUCUUGGUGGGCAGGAUACCAUCACUGCUUUCGCCAUGGAGGACAACAACUUGUGGUUGAGGCAUCUGUUGAAUCUGGUGAUGCAAGUUUCCCUAGCUUUAUAUGUUUUUUGGAAGUCCAUUGGUAAACACAGUGCGAACCUUCUGCUUGCGGGUAGCUUUGUGUUUGUUACUGGAAUUAUCAAGUAUGGAGAAAGAACAUGGUCUCUCAAGUGUGGCAGCCUUCAAAGUCUUGAGAGCUCAGAUGCACUGCGUUACAAAAAGGAAUUGCCUGAAGGAAUCUCUGGUGAUGGUGGCGUUGUUCGUGCUGCUCUGGAUUCCAUGCCAUUUGUCCUUGAUGUCUUGGCCGAACGCAACUUGCUUGAUCUCGGCAGAGAAUAUAUGAACAAAAUAGAUGACCCUGAGCAAAUGAUACGGAUGGUGAGGCUUCAGCUUGGCAUGAUAUACGACGAUCUCUACACUAAGUCUCUUGUGCUCAGAACGUGGAGUGGAGUUAUACUUAGAUGCAUCUCUCAGGCCUCGGUAAUAGUUGCCUUUGUGCUCUUCCAUGCAAGUAGCAGAGACAAUUAUAGCAAAGCUGAUAUUGCCAUCACCUAUUCGCUAUUUGUGGGUUGUUUUUUCUUUGAAGUCAGUUCAACGUUUGUUUCCAUGUUGUCACCUUGGACAUGGGCAUGGUUUAAGGUUAGAAGGUGUGAUGCACUCGCCAGUUUGUGGGUUUUCUUUUGCUCUGACAUCGGAUAUCCAAGGACGAUGAAACAGCAGCGGUGGCCAAAUUUGAUUGGACAGUACAACUUAGAUAGCUGGUUGACUGACAGCGGCCCGCAGCAAAGCAUAAUAAUGGCUGUGUUCAGAAAGUUGUUAGUGGGUUUGUUGGGUGUCAAAAAGAAGAAAAUAUUUUGGAUGAGCAAGCUAUUAGACACCGGUUACGUGGAUGUGGGUAGCAAGAUUGUGGAGUGUGUUGCAGAAGAGAUUAGUCUCUUGACGUUUGACUCCGAUGUUGAUAAACCCAAUGAAUGGCCAAAAAUUGGUUCCCUGUUGAAAGAGGCAUCAGAACUUUUUGCUAAUGAUUUUGGUAUGGCAAUUAUCUGGAUGCAUGCAGUUACUGAGUUGCUUUUGAAAAAAUGUGAAUCUUCCCAUUCGGAUAUAGAGGUUCAUGGUACAAGUGAAUUCGGUAUGAUGAUUUUGGUAUGUUGGAAGCUAUCCAAGUACAUAAUGUACCUUUUCGUUCACCACCCUUCCAUGCUGCCGCUCUCUAUCAGCCCAGCACCUACCCUGGCUCAGGCUCACGAAGUAUAUGAUGAUUUCACCAAGGAUAGUGUUGAGUUGGAGGUAAGCAAGGAAACGGUGGAGGAGGUAGCACGCAUGUGGACGCGGCUACUUGUUUACGCUGCUGGCAAGUCCAAGGCGGCGCCGCAUGUUGCGCUGCUGAGCAGAGGAGGAGAGCUCAUCACAUUCGCAUGGCUAAUCAUGGCCCACUGCGGGUUUGGGGAUACUCGCGUUAGAAGACUUCAACUUACCAAUAUUGAUGCCCACAUAGUGAGAGAAUUAGAUUUUACACCGCGACACCUCUUCAAUCUUCCCAUGGAAGAUCAGAUAUCGGACGCUGCUAAUCGGUCAAAAUUGGAUGAUGAGAACGCGAGUGGGAUGACGACUAAGUCUGAUCGCUUCGUGGUUGGUAGCCGUAGCUUUCCAUGAGGGUCCGUCCAUAUGUGGUUUUCUUAUGUGCUCGUUUAUUCUCAUGGAUUCUCAUUUAGAAAGUUGACGUAUGGCGUGCUUGGAUGCAUUUUGUUCUUUCCAUAUUUGCCUAUUGGAAGCAUAAGAGCAUGUUUGGGUUGGAGGAGAUAUAGAUUCAAAUCCAGGUUUUGCUUAUGCGACCUACCUCAUCCAACUACUAAGAGCAAAUUCUGUACCAAUUUUCCAUAUUUGCGGAGAAUGGAUGGCUAGAUAAGAUGGCCCGGGGGCACCUGCUCUAAAACAUGUUUUCGAACAAAAAGAGUCCACUUAGUUUCAGCUGCAGUUGUAGUACUUGAUACUAGCUUGAAUCUGAUUGAGGUCGU